CAGCUUCGAUGGCGGUCAUGUCGCCGCAGCCAUCCGGGGGCCCUUUCCUGUCCCCCACUCGCGGCGACGCCCUCAAGAAGCGUCCGAUGUCGUCGCCAUCAGCUGCGGGUGACAAGCCCCCUAAGACCCCGGGAAGCUCCACCGUUGGCCGUAAGCGUAAGAGUCCCAGCACACAGCCAAGCAGCAAUGCUACGACACCCGCCUCCAACAAGAAGAGGACGCGGCUGUCUAUUGGCACGCCCGGCAAAGUGACGCCAUUGGCCGACGUCCGUGAGCGAGAAGUCCAGCGAACCUUCACGGAGCAUGAGGUAUCUGAAGUAUACAAGGCAAUCCGUAAGCAGACGGGGAGUCUUGGUGGCAACGCAGCCGGUGGAGCCAUCUACGGAGAGAUCACUCAAGCGUCGUUCCAAAGAGUAGUUGACUAUAUGAAAGAGAAGUGCGAACUCUCCAAGAGCAGCCGCUUCAUCGAUGUGGGAUCAGGACUGGGCAAGCCCAAUUUCCACGUAGCUGUGGACCCUGGCGUACAGGUCUCGUACGGCAUUGAACUUGAGGAACUUCGUUGGCAUCUGUCACUGCACAACCUACGCAGCGUCUUGUCACUGGACUCGCAACGCAAGAAACCUCUAGCGACGGUAUUCACAGCGGGAGAUAUCACACACGCGCACUCGUUCGAACCCUUCUCCCACGUGUAUAGUUUCGAUGUGGGAUUCCCGCCUGACGUCAUGGACAAGAUGGCCGAUAUGUUCAACCGCAGUUCAGCCAAGUACUUUGCCAGUUUCCAUGUACCACGUAAAGUUGUGGACAUGUACGGGUUUUCUGUAGAGAAUAUCGGACGAGUGGCGACGUCCAUGGCAGGUUCAAGUGAAGGACACCAGUGCUACUUCUAUCGACGUGUAGCGUCCACUGAUGAGGAGAGUGAGUCGGAGAAUGAACAGGUGUCGGUGAAGAUGUCGCCUCCCAAUAACAGCACGAAUGGUCCACCGAUGGCUGUGGAUCCUCUCUUUAGUAAGGGUAUCGAACUGCUGAAGGGCGGUAGAGAGGGCAUGGUCGAGUGGAUUGCAGACUUCUUUGGCCAAGCGAAUGCCGGACGCACCCGUCGUCAAAAGCGUGAGCUGCGUGAACGCCCCAUGGACUCGUACUACCCCACCGUCAAGUCUCAUGUAACAGCGGGACGGAAAAGCACCAGGAAGAUGCCGAGAGCGACCAAACGCAAGAUCAACCUGCGUGUCUAAGCUGUUUGCUCUACUGUUCAAAAGCAAAUUACUACAGUACAACAAGCACUUUGUAGUUAAAAAGGGGGGAACACAAACACAUGCAUUUUAACGCUCUA